AUGACUGGCUCUAAGAACAUAUCAUCAGCAAAUCAAGUCCAAUCUGCACAACUGACUGUUCAAGCAGCUUCUGUUCCUGCCUCUAACACUCUUGCAGAUUCAACCAAAGGUUCUCCUGGAACAAUUCUUUCAGCUGAGCAAUGGAUAAUAGAUUUCGGGGCAACUGACCAUAUGACCAAUAGAUUAUCUAGCAUAAUCUCUCCUAUUGAUAUGGAAUGCAACCCAAAUGUUAGUCUACCAAAUGGAACCAAAACUAGGAUUAGGCACACUGGUUCUGUACAAUUGGAUGACAAAAUUACUCUUGAUCAUGUUUUACAUUUGCCUGAUUUUAAAUACAAUCUGUUUUUAGUUUCAAAAUUCACUUCAUCACAUAAUUGUGUAGUCACAUUUUACCCUGAUUUUUGCUUAGUCCAGGACCUUUGGAGUGGCAAGUUGAAGGGGAUUGGUAAAAAAUUCCAAGGCUUGUACUUUCAUGUUCCUCUUACACAACACUUGUCACACAUUCUUGAUAUUCAUGCACUUGCCAAAAUUCUUUCUUCAAGCACAAUUUGUAAUACAGUAGUGAAUAAGGUUUCAGAUUCCAGGUCAAGAUCUGUAUCUUCUAGUUUACUAUCUGAUUUUCAUAUUUGGCAUCAAAGACUAGGUCAUGUACCAAAUCCUACUCUUAGACAUAUUAAUAAAGCUUUGCCAAUUGAUGUUAAUUCACAUUGUUCAAUUUGUCCAUUAGCAAAACAAGCUAGAAUACCACUUCCUUUAAGUCAGAGCAUUUCACAACAUCCCUUUGAUCUUUUGCACCUAGAUGUUUGGGGUCCUUAUAAAGUACUUACCUAUGGUAAUGCUAGGUUCUUUCUCACAAUUGUGGAUGAUUAUUCAUUUUUGGAUGAAAAUUCGUUUGAUAUGCAUUCCAACUCAGAAUCAGUUGUGAGUCCUAAUCCUUCACCUAAUCCAUCACAGUCUAUACCACAUUCUUCUCCUGACCAUGACACAUUAAGUCCAAAUUCCUCUCCUGAAUCUACAGCCUUAAUAUAA